CAGCUGUUUGCCGGCAAACUAUUUCGGUUUUCCCACCAUCUAUUUCGCUUUAAAAUCAAAUAUGCAACGAUUCCUGAAGGUAUUCAACCAGCAAACAUGCAAAGUAAUCGGCAUGAUACACGUGGAUGCGCUGCCAGGAACGCCACGAUACGCCGGCAACUGGAAGCAGACGAUUGAGAAGGCCAUCCACGAGGCGAAUCUGUACAAGAAACACCAACUGGAUGCCGUGCUAAUAGAGAAUAUGCACGAUAUACCCUAUGUGCCAGAGCGUCUUCUUGGCGCCGAGAUAGUGGCCUGCAUGACGCGCCUGGGACGGGCAGUGCGCGAUGUGGUCCCCAAGGAGACGCCUUGUGGUGUCCAAGUGCUCGCCUGCGGCAAUAAACAAGCACUGGCCAUUGCCAAGGCCAGUCAGCUGCAGUUUAUUCGCGCGGAGGGAUUCGUUUUUGGUCACGUGGCAGAUGAGGGCUUCACGGAUGCCUGUGCGGGCGAUUUGCUGCGAUACCGGAAGCUCAUCGAUGCAGAGGAUGUGCUGAUCUUCACAGAUCUGAAGAAGAAGCACAGUUCACAUGCCAUAACCGCCGAUGUCAGUCUCCUGGAAACCGCUCAUGCGGCCGAGUUCUUUCUGACCGAUGGCAUCAUCAUCACUGGGACAGCAACGGGUCAUGCAGCCAGUCCCGAAGAUCUGCAGCAGCUAUCCGGCCGGGUGAAGGUUCCCCUGAUAAUUGGCUCUGGGGUGACCAAAGAUAAUAUCGACAGUUACUACAAAGAUGCCCAUGCAGUGAUAAUUGGCUCGCACUUUAAGCGAAAUGGCAACUGGCUUGAGGAGAUCAGUGAACCAGCUGUGGAUGAAUUCAUGCAAAAGAUUUGCCAGCUGCGGCGCUCGAAAUGAUAAUAAUUGUUAAUGAAUUUAUUGAUGUGUGAUAAAUGUUGUAAACGGUGAAAUAUGUAUACGAUUUAGUUUGAA